AUCUCUCGUGUCAGUUUUCUGUUUUGUCCUCCUCCACCAGAGCAUCUCCAGCUCUGCCGUUCUGCAGCGACGGAACCAGCGCUCCUGUCCUCGUUCAGAGGCAGCAAAGUGGGUCAGCGUAGCGCCGCAGACACCAGCCGGGCCGCCGGUGGGGAUGGCGUCGCUCAGCCGUAGGCGCGGAGCGGCCAGGAGCGGCGUGGUGGAGAAGAGGAACCUGCUCACAGUGUGCAGGUUUUCAGUGAAGACCCUGCUGGAUCGUUCUUGUUUUGAAACCAUCGACGACUCUUCGCCAGAGUUUGUUAACUUCGUGUCCAUCCUGGAGCACAUCCUCAGUCAUCGGCUCAAAGGUCAGACCACAUGGUUUGGUUAUGAGAGUCCUCUGAGUUUCUGGGAUUACAUAAAAGGGGCCUGCAGUAAAGUGCCUCAUAACUGCAUCCGAAGCAUCGAGAGCAUGGAAAAUGUACGAUCAUCAAGAGCAAAGGGCAGAGCAUGGAUCAGGGUUGUUCUGAUGGAGAAGCGACUUUCAGAGUACAUUUCAUUUGCUCUGAAGGACUUCAAAACCACAAGGAGGUUUUUUGAGGAAGGAGCGAUCAUGCUGGUAGAAGAGGCAGGACUGCUGGCAGACACGCUCAUCGGCCUUAACACCAUUGAUUUCAGUUUCUGUCUAAAGGGGGAGGGUCUGGACGACAGCUGCCCUGCUGUCAUCGACUACACCCCUUACCUGAAGUUCACACAGAGUGCAGACAGCAUCAGCAGCGAUGAGGAGGAGAUGAGGACUCUGGGAAGUAGCGGCAGUGAGAGCAGCACUCCUGACAAGACAGCCACCGCUGCAUCAAUCUUCACAGAGCAGAGCACUUUGUUCAGCAAGUGCAAACGCUUUGAGCAGAAGUAUCGCAUGGCUCUGGAGCAGAAGGGUUACCUGGAAGAGUUGGUUCGUCUACGGGAAGCCCAGCUGUCAGAGGCUGUUUCACACAACAAAGCCCUUCAUCAGAGCCUAGCAGACACACAUCUCUCCCACACACUGGAGAAACAGCAGCUUGAGUAUAUCAUAGUGGAACUGCAGAACCAGCUGACUGUGCUGAAAAACAACGAUUUGCGUUCCAGGCAGGAAUUAACAGCCCAUCUGACCAAUCAGUGGCCGUCUCCAGAUGCCUUGGAUGCUAAUGCUGUUGCCUUGGAUACGCUCUUGUACAGGAAAAGCACCGGGCAAUGGGAGGAAAAGAGUUUCCAGAGUCUGGAGCAGCUGUCUGCAGGGAUGAGCCUCACAUCAAACACACAAGGUAAAGAGGAAACGCCAUCUCUCAGAGGUCUGUGUGGCUCACUGACCUCCGUAGCCAGCUAUAAAUCUCUGGCCAGCUUGAAGUCCAAUGAGGGUUUGGCCAGCGCUGCGACAGAGUUUAGCAGCCCGGGUGUUACUCCAUCAUAGGAUUUAUGACGGCUCAUCAGAUCAAGCAAUUCAGGAACUUUGCUCAUGCCAGUGAUGCUGAUAUUAUUUCUUCUGUUUCUGAAUGUGGAGCGUGAGCUGAAGAUGACCUGAUGGCACUAAGAGACUGAACAUUGUCCCAGCUUUGUCAAGUGUUCAAAUUAUGUCGCUGCUUAUCUGUGUAGCUUUAUUUCUCCCCAGCUUUGGAAACAAAGUGAAUCGAUUUUAAAGAUGCAGUAUCAAUUCCAAUCUCCUGUGUCAAUGUUGCAAAGAUCAUUUUUAGAGAAUACA